AUGAGCUCUGUGUUGAGGGCAGGUGCAGAGGCAUCAGUGCAGCCUCCACAGAGUGCCUCUCCAGAGCGGAUGGAGAGCCUGUCUGGGUGUGAUGAGAUGGGCCGCAGCCCCCUGCUUGUGGCCGGACUGUUGGGACGCACGGCCGCUGUCCGAGAGCUCGCGGCUCAUGGAGCUCAGCUGGACCAGCAGACUGCCACAGGGUAUACAGCCCUGCACUUGGCAACCUGCUGGGGCCAUGUGGAGACAGUGCAGAUGCUGCUGAAGUUAGGAGCUGACGCCAAAGUGCAGAACUCCAGAGGAGAGCGCCCGAUUGAUCUGGCAAGAAAAUACUCAAGACAAGAUUGUGAAAAGUGCCUUUUUCUGGGAGAGGCGAAACAGGAGUUUGCUUCUUACCUGGCCCACAUUAAAGAUGUCAUUUCUCGAUCUGAAAGCAGCCUAACAAAGGAGGAACGGAACCUUUCAUCACACGUGUUUUGUGCAAAGACAGAGUGGCUCCAGACUGUCACAGACCCUCAGGUUUCAGACUUUACUGACCAAAAGAGAGACUUGGAGGAGUCGCUUCAACACAUCCUCAACAAGCUCUCAAACACCAAGUGA